AUGUCCUCGGCUCAGGGUCAGGGUCAAGACCCCUACGCGGCAUUCUAGUGAGUAUAUGCGCUUCAUCAGCGAAGCAGAAGAGCGUGUAUGCCUACUCAGAGCUGACGCUGGCGCAAGCGCCUGUGCACAUACACUCUCUGUCUGUUCUCAGUGAUACCUUUAGCUGACAGUGCCCACGCUCUUCUGUGCCUCUCACCCUCGCUCUCAUUCCUCAGCUAUUGGGAUCAGAACAGCAACAAUUGGGCAUUCAAUUACGAUGCUUUUUACGCGGCUUAUCCCCAAGGUCUGCCUGGCUCAUCCUCUGCGCAUCAAGGCGCGCCGUACGACGCUUCAGCACACGCCACGCAAUCCUCAGCUUAUGGAAACGCACCAGGCAGCGCUUUCUCGGGUGUCGGGGCAUCCUCAUCUGCGCAGUGGUCAGCGCCUCAAGGGCAUGGGGCCGAUGCGGCGUUGGAUCCGUCGAGCGGCAAAGCCAAGAGGGAGAAGCGCCAGAUCGGACCAAAAGACAAGGAUGGCAAUCAGCUUGCUGGACAAUUGAAGAGAGGAGAGACGCGUCAGACUGUGCUCAGAAAAGCCGUUGGCAAAUUGUACGAGGAUCAAACGCUGCUGGAAUGGGAUCCGAGUGAGUCACCAUGUGCCUUCUUGGAUUUCGUGCGCCAAUUUCAAGCGCUCAUCCCCGAUCUAUCCUCGAUCUUACUCAGAGCACAAACGCUUGUUCGUCGGCGAUCUGGGCAACGACGUCUCCGAUGGCGUUCUCACUGCAGCCUUUCAGAAAUACCCUUCGUUCAGCAAAGCCAGAGUCAUUCGAAAAAAAUCGGACAACAAGUCUAAAGGGUAUGGAUUUGUCGCAUUCGCGGAUCCAGAGGACUUUCUCAAGGCGUGGAAAGAGAUGGACGGUAAGCACAUCCCAUCUUGAGGUGUGAGAAUCCAUUGCGCCGCCGCAUGGCCGCUCACGCGCUCCUCAACUCCUCUUCAGGCAAAUACAUCGGGUCGCGCCCUUGCAGACUCAAAAAAGCGUCAGAAGACACUGUGCCCGUCGAGAUUGGACAUCGCAAAGAUCGUCUCCUGGCCAAUAACGUCAAGCACGACGACUGGAAGCACCAUCACAAGAUGGGCGGUGCUAUAGGUGGCACCCUGCGGCGGAAUGGAGGUUUCGGGAACGCUUACGCCAAGAAGAGGUAG